UAUAUACCUAGUUCACUCCCUUGACCUGUCUCAUCCCACCUCGUCGCCCUUGAAGCUAUCUCGACCUCUUUUCUAUUAUCACGACCAGAAAGAGCCGCUACGUCGCGUCUCCUCCCUGUGCCUCUCUCUCUCUUCGUCACCACGGAAGGACCCUGGACCUCUUCACUGAGUAAUCCGAACCGAGGACCGGCUACCCAUACAAAAGGGAGAGAGAAGGGAAAGGGUCAAGACGGGGCUCGUGUGUACGAUAAUACACCGGCUGGCAUAAAGCAUAACAUAGCAUCAUGUUCUUCCUGAAGGACCUUGAACAUAACAUCUCUCUUCAUCCAUCCUACUUUGGACCGAACAUCACAGAGAUCGUCCUACAGAAACUCUAUGCCGAUGUCGAGGGCGUCACUUCGGGUCAGGAUGGUUACAUCAUCGCCAUAACCGAUCUCCACAACCUAAAGACCCUUCAAUCCGGUUCCAAGGUUAUCCAAGGGACCGGCGAAGCCGAGUUCACACUCCAUUACCAAGCGCUGGUGAUGAAGCCCAUCAAGGGCGAGGUGGUGGACUGUCAGGUCGAAAAGGUCGGAAAGUUGGGAUUCUUCUGCGUCUUGGGACCGAUGCAGAUCUUUGUGUCUACGCAUUACACGCCGGAGGACUUCAAGUUCCAGCCCGAGGCCAACCCGCCCGCGUUCACCUCGACGCAUACGGGCGAGUCUAUCCGACGAGGAAGCCGGAUCAGGUUGAGGAUCGUCGGUGUUAGGGGGGAACAGAGCGACUUCUUUGCGAUCGGGUCGAUCAAGGGCGAUUACCUGGGCCCUAUGGAGGACUGAUCUUUUGUCUCUCGCGAAAAUGUCUUGUAAACGAGGCUACUUUGGCCUUUCUAUACUAUUUCGAUGUAUACCAAACAAACAUGUGCAAAACCGAAUACAAAAAUAUAACGAACCGGA